CUCUUCUCUCCCAGACUCCCCUCAGCCAAGCAGGUGUCCCCUCCACAUCUCCCGCCGUGCGGAUCGUCAUGGAGGAAGCAGAGCUCCUGAAAGAGCGACUCCAGGCCAUCACGGAAAAGAGAAGAAUUCAAGAAGACAUUGCCCGAAAAAGGGCAGAAAUCGAUGAAGAAAAGUUAAAGCUGCAGUAUAUAAAGAAAAAAUCCCUGAGGGAGCAGUGGCUCCAGGAUGGUGUGAGCACAGUGAGCGCCCAGGAGAAGGAGGCCCAGAAGCAGAAGGCCCAGGACAGCCAGCGGCAGACCAGGUUCCUGCAGAGCAUCAUCCACAGGAUGGAACUGGAAAUCCAGGCCCUGGAGAGGCAGGAAAUGAUGAUCUCGACAAACGAAGGGUUUAUUCUGAAACGCCUAAAGGCCAUUGAGAAAUCACCUGAAGACAUAAUAAAGGAAGCACAGUAUGACACCAAGAAAGAGCAAGUCCAAUACAUUUAUUCAGCAAUUCCAGACGUUCCAAAGUCGUACAAUUUAGCUCCAAAAAAACAGCAAAGCCUUGAGCUAGAGACCAAUGGCCAACCAAAAAAAGCCCUGUAUGCCAUGGAGAUAAACGUGCAGAAGGACAUGAGAACCGGGGAGAGCCAGGUGCUGUCCACGGCAAAAAUCACAGACCACGAGUUCCAGCAGAGGGGUAUCAAGGUCUUCGAUGACGGGCGGAGGUCCGUCUACGCCCUGGGGGCGGAGGGGCGGGUCCUUCCCAACGGGGUGGAGGAGCUGACCCCGGCGGAGGUGGAGGAGCUCCUGAGGAAGGCGGCAGACAGGAAGCCCAGGGCGAGCGGCGAGCGGCACAACCCGGUACUCGAGACUCGGAUGAAGGCCGAGGGCCGGGUCACACAGGGGCCAUACGGACUCCAGGAGCCUCACCAGAGGGCCCCCCUCCCCAUGACCCCCCCGGAGCUCUCCUACCGGCAGUUCCAGGGGGAGACCCAGCCUUCCUUCCCCUCACAUGUCCCGCACCCCUUCAGCGGCAGGCAGGGGGAGCGGCCCAUCCCCGACGCCUCCAACAGGCGUUACUACUUCCUGAACGGCAGCAGCGACGAUCCCUCGGGGCCAGCCCCGCAGAACAGCGAGGAAGGCAGGCCCGCAUCCACCGACCCCAGGCAGCGAUGCAGGAAGUCACCAGCGGCCCGCCCCAAGAGCGCCAAGCCCACUGUCCUCAAUGCACUGCCAGCCAACCCAGACCCGGGAGAGCCCGUAACCAUGAUCUUCAUGGGCUACCAGCGGGCUGACAACGAUGUGGGCGAGGACCGGCAGGGCUAUGAGGGCGCCGUCCGGGCCGAGCUGGUGGUCAUUGGCGACGAGGAGGAGAACGCCCGCCACAUCAAACAUCACCGCAGCCGCGCCCCCUUCCCCCACAGCAACCCCAGAACAGAUGAACUGGGUGCUCAGACUAUAGAAAUGCGUUUACGUUCUGAAAACGCAUUGUGAAUGGGGCGAAACAGCGCAAUCUGCCAACGGUACGGUUAUGGUUCCCGGCAUAUGGACUCUGUGAAGAGAAAUUUAAAAAAUUGUGCCCGUUGGAAUGGACAUUCCUGUCAUUUUUACUCAGCUCAACUACGGAGUCACAGCUAUUGAGGGAAAUAAGACUGUUUCAAAGUCCAGGACAGCCUCAAUCCGCGCCUCUAACCGAAGAGAUAUUUCCUGCAAAAGGACUUAAAACUGACAAUAUGUGUCGGAUCCAAACCAUUAAUUAAGAGCUCGAUAAAACAUGAUUAAUUUAGCCCAGCUGGAACUGAGACCAGUUUGCACAACUGGUCACUAGGACAUGAUUUCACAAAAGUUGCUGCAAAAUAAAUGCGCGUUCUAUUGUGUUCUAUUGAUGACCAGACUAUCAUAC